AUGCAACUUCAACAUUGGAAUCCGGGCGAAUUGGAUUUUCAGAAAGAUAUUCCCGACUUUGAAAGCCUCCCACGUCCACUACAAGAGACACUGGUGGGCCUGUUGGCGUUUUUUGCAUUCGGGGACGGCGUAGUGGACGAGGUGAUUGAUCAUGUGAGAAAGAAGAUACAAAUACCAGAAGUACAAGCGUUUUAUUGGUCCCAGGGAGACAGCGAAAUUGUACACGGACAAACGUAUGGUGAUAUGAUUCGAGCGUUUGUGCCCGAUCAAAAAAAACAGGAUCUCCUGUUGACCGAGUGCGGUGAGAUUUGUAAUCUUCAAUUGAAAUUGGAUUGGGUAAAUAAAUGGACCAAAAACUGGCUACCUUUACCCGUUUUGUUGUGCGCCAUGUUGAUAAUUGAACAAUUGUGGUUUAGUACGGCGUUCAACAUUAUAAAUUGGCUACGCGUUUUGAACGUUAUGCCCGAAAUGGUUAGAGCCAACGAAUUUAUCAUUCGCAAUGAGAAAUUGCACGGCGACUAUGCCGCAUAUUUGUUGACCAGGUAUUUCAAUUUUAAGGAAAACCUGCCGUUGCAGCGCGUGUUUUUUAGAAUGUUGGACGAAGCAAAGUCGGCGGAAACAAAUUUUUUGUUUGUCAUGUCUACAAAGGUGCAAGAUGAAACGGAACCUCGUUACAAAGGGCUACAGUUUGAAGUUUUGUAUAAACAUAUGAACGAAACGGUAAAUGCCAUGAUUUUGCAAUUGUUUGAACAAAUAUCCCCGGUUACGGAGGAACUGCAAGAUUAUAACAAAGAUGUGGGUUUACACUUGUCUCUAUUGACCGCUCUGGGCAGUGGGAAGGAUAACUUUUUUGAAUAUUGUUCGCCAAAUUAUCAAUUACCUCUUGUUAGUAAAAUUAAUUAUGAUGAUCCCAAAUUGUAUACCCAAUAA